AUGGCUCUGAGUCGUUCACAACCCUAUGAGGAUAUGCCUCUACCAACCUCCCAGAUGCGAUCGGGCCUCAACGAGGGGCAUGUGGGGUACACAAUAGAGCAACAGCAAGUUCAUGAAUCCUCCGGCGGGCAUUACGGGGUGCAAUGUGCUCAACGGAGGGGAUAUCAGGGCAUACAACACGAUGCAGGGUGGACAGAGCGAGUUCUCGAUGAAAUGAAGGAUAUGCUACUUCUCCUCACACCCGAAGGCCGAAUCACCUACGCCUCACCAUCGUGCAAGAAUAUCACCGGCCGUGUCGCCAAACAACUGGAGCGAAGUCUCCUAGCACAGUACAUUCAUGAGGACGACCAACCAAUAUUCCAGAGAGACUUAGACGAUUCAGUCGCUGCAAACCAAUCGUUCCGCACCCAUUUCCGAUUCCACAAGACCAACAGCACUUACUGUCUCAUGGAGGCAUAUGGUCACCCACAUCUUGCAAACCAGGAUGCGCGUCAGGGAGAGAGAACCACGCCCGCCAACGAGCGCUGCACCGGAUUUUUCCUUGUGUGCCGGCCAUAUUCCAGCAAGGUCUCACAGCUCCUUGACUCUUUUUUGGAACAUAAGAUCGAGAACGCACGUCUGAUGCAACAGAUUGCCAAAUUGAAGCAGGAAGAGGAAGAAGAAGAAGAGGCGAUCGCGACUCGGGUGGCCUAUUCUAAGAGCGACCAGGAGAUUCGCGUUCCCGUUACUGAGAAUCAGGGCCAACAAUCCUCUCGUUCAGGGGAGAUAUCUAGUGAUCCUGAUACUACGGACACCGUGGGGCCGAACUCGGAUGAAUCCGACACGGGCCAAUCGUCGGGAUAUUACCCAGAGUCCAAUACCCGCGAACGUUACUCACACAUCGACGGCAUCGAAGUCAUGACCGGCCUAAACUAUGCAGAGGGCGAAAGAUCGCAAGGUCUCAGUACAGGGGUCAGCCUUGGCCGUCUUGUACAUUGCGAUAUCGACAUCACUACUACUGCUGACCAAGAGCGCAAUGCUCAGGAAGUUGACCGUCGUAAAAGGCUCAAGGCCCAGCAUGUCUGUCGCGACUGCGGAACGGCAGACUCACCAGAAUGGAGAAAGGGGCCUAACGGGCCUAAGACCUUGUGCAAUGCUUGUGGCCUGCGCUGGUCUAAGAAGGAGAAGAAGCGCCAGGAAUCGGCCUAA